UUUUUGGGAUCUGUGACAUCGUCAGUGCCGUCCCUGAUGUCAUCGUCGUGGUCGAUGCCUCGUGGGACACCGCAGUGGAGAAGAUCAAGUGGAUGUACAACGAUGCGGAGUUCUGCAGACUGGAGGUGUUGAGGACAGCCCGGUUCGUGUCGAUCCCCUUCAGUGCCACAACCCUCAGCCCUCGCAACGGCCCUGCAGCCCUGGAUUUGGCAAUGGCAUCUCUACAUGUUCGCACGGGCUCCCAGGCGCCGACGCAGCAGUCCGGGGUGGGUUCCUUCAGCCCCUUCUUCCUGCAAGCCCAGACCUCCUGUCAGCGCUGUCCUCUGAACGCCAUCAAUGUGGUCUAUGACGAUACUUCCGGGAUUGCUUAUACUCCUCUUUGCAGCACCACCACCACCACAACCACCACCACGACGCAAGAUGCGGAGGCGUCUAAGGCCAGCUAUUCCUUGCCUGGUGGCUUCCUGUGGGGCCUGGUCACCAUCGGAUUUCUCACUCCGACCUUCCUUGCCAACUGA